UCUCGCCCCCAGCUCUGUUUCCUGCACUCGGAGCUGCUCUUGGGAAUGGGCCCCAAGGAGGGAAGGAAACAGUUCCUGGAGUUCUGGCAGCUCUUCCUGGACAAGGGAGCGCUCCUGCGGGUGCCCAUCCCCCUCCAUCUCCAGCCUGAACUGGCCCGUCUCCGUCCCGAGGCUGUUCCCGAGCAGCAGCAGCGCCGGAUCCUGCGGGAAGUGGGGGAGGGGCAGGAGGCGGAGCUGGAGCGAGACCUGCGUCACUUCCGUGCCAAGCGCCUACUGGGAAUGACCCCAGGAGAGGCUGAACUGGCAGCACUGGAGUCGCUCCCAGUAGAUCCCAGUAUCCGGCUGCAACGGGAACGGGAUCUGGCCGAGGGGAUGCUGGAGCGGCUGGAGGACGUGCAUUUGACCAUUUCAUCUGAUGAGGAGAAGUGCUCCGCCAUCUUUGGCGCCAUCCUCACCUACAUGAAGCACUUGGGGGUCAGACCCAAAGGGAAUGAUGGGAAGAAAUCCAAGAGCCACUUCUUCCGGAAGAAGCAUUCCGGAUCCAGGAAGCCAGAGGAGGCUCCAGGCAGGACCCGAAGGGGCUUCCUCCUGCCGGGGGGGGCUCUGUGGGGCCGGGACCCCCAUUCAGACAAGUGCCCCCCCCAGGACAAGAAGGGCCCCAAGGGGGCGGAGCUGGGGGCGGGGCCUCGGGCACGGGGGGGGGCAGCUCCCCCUGACCCCCCCCCCAACGUCAGCCCCACAGUGGGGGAUGGGUCUGAGGGGGACACAGGCCUGGACCCCCAAGAACCAGGGGCCCCCCCCACCCCCCGCGGCCUCGGCCCCCCCGAGCCCCCCCCCGAGGAGGGGGGGGAGGAGGAGGAGGAGGAAGAGCCUUGGAGGGCCCUGGUGCCCCCCCCCCUGCUGCAGGGGCUGAGCAAGAGGGAGCUGAGGCGCCAGGAGGUCAUCAAUGAGCUGGUGCUGACCGAGCGCACCCACGUGCGGGUGCUGCGGGUGCUGCUGGAGCUGUUCCAUGGCCCCUCCCUCCGGGGGGGGUUCUUCCCCCCCACCGACCUGCACAACAUCUUCCCUGGCCUCGAGGAGCUGGUGGAGGCUCAUGCUCUGUUCCUGGGCAGCCUGAGGCGGCGGCAGGAGGAAAGUGGCUUUGUCAUUGGGGCCAUUGGGGACCUGCUGCUGGCAAGGUUCGAGGGCCCCGAGGGCCUCUGGUUCCAGAAGAUCUCAGCUCGGUUCUGCAGCCGUCAGCCCUUUGCCCUGGAGCAGCUCAAGGCCAAGCAGCGCAAGGAUGCUCGCUUCAACCACCUCAUACAGGCAGCCGAGAGCCACCCGCGCUGCCGGCGCCUGCAGCUCAGGGACAUCAUCCCCAGUGAGAUGCAGAGACUGACCAAGUACCCCCUGUUACUGCAGAGCAUCAGUGCUUGUACCGAGGAUGCUGAGGACAGGGCCCGUGUGGAGAAGGCAGCUGACUGCUGCCGCCGCAUCCUGGACCAUGUCAACCAGGAGGUGCGGGAGAUGGAGAACUUCAUGAAGCUCAAGGACUUCCAGCGCCGCCUGGACCUGUCCGGCCUGAAGCAGAGCUCAGAGCCCUGGUUGAGUGAGUUCAAGGGCACGGAGCUGACCAAGCGGCAGCUGGUGCACGAGGGGCUCCUGAGCUGGCGCCUGGGCAAGGACAAGGCUGUGGACGCGCAUGCGCUGUUGCUGGACUCGCUGCUGGUGCUGCUGCAGCGCCAGGACGAGCGGCUGCUCCUGCGCAGUCAGAGCCGGGGCCCUGCGCAUGCGCACGACGGCAGCCGGCUCCUCAGCCCCGUCAUACGCCUGCGCGCCGCCAUGACGCGACUCGUGGCCACCGACCCCAAAGCCUUCUAUGUCAUCGUCAGCUGGGACAGUGGGGCCCAGAUCUAUGAGCUGGGGGCACAGACGGUGGCCGAGAGGAAGAACUGGUGUGACCUCAUCAAUGAGACAGCCGGAGCCCUCCCCCCCCCUGGGAGCCAGCGUGGGAAGGGGGGGAGGGGCGAGGCCCCGCCCCCCACCCCCCUUGAAGAGGCAGAGAAUGGGGGGGGCCCAAAGGAGACACUGGAUGAGGUGCUGGUACCAAGUGAACAGGGUCUGGCAGCUGCUGCACUGGAGAGAGGGGUCACGUGUCCCCCCCCCGAGGUGGGGGAGGAGCUGCAGGGGCUGGAGGAGACUCUGCUGAAGCUGAAGGAGCUGGAGCAGAGCUUCUGGCAGCUCAGAGAGACCCUGAGCAAGGCUGGACCCACAGGAGGCAGCGACACGUGAGGGGCAGGCCCCUACAGACGCACCCGGACCCCCCAUUGCAAUGGUUCACCCCCCCCCACGCUUGUGCCUUCUAUAGGACCCCCCAAUCUAUGGGGCUGGGAAGGGGGGGGGGGGUCCCAGAGCUAUGGGGCAGCUUUGGGCCCCUCCCCCAUGGAUUUUGGGUGGAAAACCCAAAGAAUUGGGAAAAACCCCAAUAAAAAUGAUGCUUUUGCC